AUGAAGCUCGUCAGAUUUUUGAUGAAAUGCGCCAACGAAACGGUGACAAUUGAACUCAAGAAUGGCACCAUCAUCCACGGCACCAUCACGUCUGUCUCGCCCCAGAUGAACACGGCGCUUCGUACAGUCAAGAUGACGCCCAAGGGUCAGGACGCCGUGUCGCUCGACACCAUGAACAUCCGUGGCUCCACCAUCCGAUAUUUCAUCCUGCCCGACUCGCUCCCGCUAGACACGCUUCUCAUCGACGACGCGCCGAAACCCAAGAACAAGGCUCGCAAGGAGGCUGAGCGCGGCACCGGCGGCCGUGGAGGCAGAGGCGGCCCAAGGGGACGUGGCCGUGGCAGGGGACGCGGUCGUGGUCGUGGUUAG